UAUUUCUCUAAUGCUUGCAGGCAAAGAAGAAAAACCACCUCGACUUACACGAGUAAUCUCACCUUCAACCUUAGUCAAAUCGCGGUAAUUUUGAGAGCGAACAAUUGCCAGAUUAUUUAAGAAGUACCUUCUCUGACACCUUUAAAAUGUAAGAGCCACCCAAACUCUAGAAAGGAAAGAAAAUCUUACCAUAAUAUGCUUUUGGUAACUCUCUCGAAUCACCUUCCUUUUUCCGUAAUCCUAACACAUUGAUCUGCAGAGAAAGCUAUGAUAAUCCAUUCCUAAAACUCAAAACUAAACCUCAUAGCAAAUGGGAAACCUUACGAAGUAGUACUCUCAACAAUUUUGAGUUUUAUAAUGUUAACGAACAGAAAUUUGCCAAUCUCCCAAAUAAAGGAUAUAAAAAUAUUAAAAUAGUUAAGUACUAUGUUUCUUAAUCAUUAUAGUACUGUAACUAAUCAAGUACAUUAUGUUUAGACACCAUAAAUCAAAGGUGAAGAAAAUACUUUUUAGCUUGCUUAUCGAACACUUUAAAAGACAGGACUCUUUGGUAGAAAGCAUGGUAAAUACGAUAUACUAUAGUGGUAGAAUUGUUCACAGAUUUUAUUGAAAAGAAUGAUAAUUAAAAUGUUUAUGGUCAUCUCAAUGAUAGACAAAGACCUAAGGGACGUUUGAGAGAUGUUAAAAACUUCAGUUUCACUCCUUAAGAAUUUGAAAUUUAUAAAAGAAGAGCUAGUCAUUAUCAAAAUUCUAAUCUUAGCAAAUGUUUUUAAAAAUCAGAUUUGCCAAUCGUAAACCAAAAUUAAUUAAAAAAGGAUAAAUAAAUUGAAAAGUACUACUCGAGAGAUUAAAGGUAUUAUUUUUUCAUUAAUUUAGUUAUAUCAAUUCACUUAAUAAUUCUAUAAUUGUAACUCAAAUUGGCAAACAAUUAAGAGGAAAGAAAAUGGAUAAAUAUAAGUAUUUUAUUAUAAAUAUGUAAAGUGCUGAUUUAAAGUUAUUGGAUUAUAGGGAAAAUGAUAUUGCUUUGAUAGACAAAUUUGAAGAGCAUUUGGAAUUUGAAAAAUUAUAUGGAAAUUGAUUAAUUU